ACUGCAAUCACAAACGCACUUGAUGAUCAGCCCACUUGAUGCGCGCCUAUCAUUAACUUCCAAUCAGUGCAGCAGCAGUAGUGGGAAAUAGGGUUACCCAGUUAUUGGGUCCGUCCGAUGACAACAGUAAUCACGCACCUACGCAUUGGGUCCCGUCUCAACCGGCUGGCCAAGAGGCCAAGUGUGCAGUCGAAUGCAUCCAUUCGAAUGACCCGUACCAUUUCCCCCUAUGAAUGAUGGUCAAUAUAAAACAGUCCAGAUUGGCAUAUGGCGCGUUCAGUUUACCUUGAAACCGGUGGUGAUCAUGAACGAUUGUUGAUCGGUGCUGCGUCCCGUCAAGAUGAGACAAAAUCGGUGGAUUGUGGUGGUUUUCCUGUUCCCGCUCGGUGAUGUAGUGCUGGGUGGUUCGGUUUGGAAGAGUUCCUUCCGGCAGUUGGCAUGGGAAGCGAAGGAUUUACUGAAAGUGUGUUCGGCGAAGAACGACUCUCGGUGGGAGUGUUUGAGGGACGAAAGCCUGGCAGCGGUGGACGAGUUUGCCAGCCGUGAAAGGAUACCGCUGGUGGGUGGUAUCAGUUUGGUUCGCGUAACAAGUGAUUAUGGAAAAUCUGCAACGACAGUGCCACACACUGCAUUGAACAGCAUAGAUUCAUUCAGCAAUAGCUCGAAAACCUCAUCCACACAUGAUGAUGAUGCAUCGCAAGAUGACGAACGGGCUCGCCUCCCUCCGAGCCGGGACUCUACGCCAUGGACCACACGCAUCUUGAGGGCUCUGGAGCACAUGUUUCAUACGCACGUUCUGCAAAUUGAUUUACUGAACCCUGCUGGUGGCAACGGAAAGCAGUGGAUCAACAGGAAGGAUGCCAACUGGUUGUGGAAAUACCAUCGUAAAUUGAAUAAUCAGUCUGUGGUUGAAGGACGUCACCGGCGCCACCGGCAGCAGAUGAUACCGAUGAUGAUAUUCGGCGUGACGGUGUUCGGCAUGUUUGUGAUUCCGAUGGGAUUUCAGUUCCUGGCAGCACUCAGCGGGAAAGCAUUCCUGAUGGCAAAGCUCGCCCUGCUGCUGGCAUCAAUCAACGGACUGAAAAGGGUAGCAGGCGUUCACUACGGAUUCCACUCGGUAGAACCUCACCACCUCCAUCACUCGCAGUCGGUCUUGUACGACCGUGACUACGCAUACGGACCUCGCGUUUUACCUCCCACAGAAUAGCAGCUAAGCUCGAGCC